UCUCUUUCAAUAGUCUUUGCUUUUCUCUCCGUAUAAAUACCAGCUUCUUACCCACCUGAUCCUUUUUUCUUCCGCUUUUCUCGUUUUCUCUAUUUUAUCUUCUCUACUAUUGACUCCUCCUAUCUUCGCCGGCCGUUUUCCGGCGACAUCUCCGGUGAUUUCGUUGCCGCCGGACAAACAGCCUCCUCCGCUAUUUUCUGCUCUCCGAGUUUUCAAAAAGAGUGUUGCCGUUCAUCAAGGAAUCCAAAGAAAAUGGAUGGGACAAGAGAGUAUGGACUUAAAUAUGUAGGCUCACAUUGCUCCAUCUCUGAGAUGGAUGAUUUUGAUCUCUCCCGCCUCCUGGACAGGCCAAGGAUUAACAUUGAGAGAAAGAGAUCAUUCGAUGAGAGGUCCUUUAGUGAGCUAUCCAUUGGCCUCACAAGAGGAGGCCAUGACAUUUAUGAUAGCACGUACUCACCCUGUGGAAGGUCAGGCUUGGACACCCCAGCUUCUUCAACCAGAAACUCCUUCGAGCCUCACCCAAUGGUGGCUGAAGCUUGGGAUGCCCUUCGUCGGUCUUUGGUGUACUUCAGGGGCCAACCGGUUGGCACAAUAGCUGCUUAUGACCAUGCUUCUGAGGAGGUUCUAAACUAUGACCAGGUUUUUGUACGAGAUUUUGUUCCUAGCGCUCUGGCUUUCUUGAUGAACGGAGAGCCUGACAUAGUUAAGAACUUCCUCUUGAAGACACUCCAGCUUCAGGGUUGGGAGAAAAGAAUUGACAGAUUUAAGCUUGGGGAAGGUGCAAUGCCAGCUAGUUUUAAAGUACUUCACGACCCCGUGCGAAAAACAGAUACUAUCGUUGCAGAUUUUGGUGAGAGUGCAAUUGGAAGAGUUGCUCCAGUUGACUCUGGAUUCUGGUGGAUUAUUCUGCUCCGAGCAUAUACAAAGUCUACUGGGGAUUUAUCUCUGGCAGAGACACCAGAAUGUCAGAAAGGGAUGAGGCUUAUCUUGACUCUAUGCCUAUCAGAAGGUUUUGAUACAUUCCCGACCCUUCUUUGUGCUGAUGGAUGUUCUAUGAUUGAUCGGAGAAUGGGAAUUUAUGGUUAUCCUAUUGAAAUUCAAGCACUUUUCUUUAUGGCUUUGAGAUGUGCUUUGUCAAUGCUAAAACAUGAUGCGGAAGGAAAAGAGUUCAUUGAGAGAAUUGUGAAACGUUUACAUGCAUUGAGUUAUCACAUGCGGAGUUACUUCUGGCUUGACUUCCAACAACUAAAUGACAUAUACCGGUAUAAAACAGAGGAGUACUCUCAUACGGCAGUGAAUAAGUUUAAUGUUAUCCCCGAUUCAAUUCCUGAUUGGGUAUUUGAUUUUAUGCCUUGUCGUGGCGGCUACUUCAUAGGCAAUGUAAGUCCUGCAAGGAUGGAUUUCCGAUGGUUUGCUUUAGGUAAUUGUGUUGCUAUUCUAGCUUCUCUUGCUACCCCAGAGCAAUCUAUGGCUAUUAUGGAUCUUAUUGAAGCUCGCUGGGAAGAGCUGGUAGGAGAAAUGCCUCUAAAGAUAGCUUACCCUGCAAUAGAAAGUCAUGAAUGGCGAAUUGUAACUGGUUGCGAUCCAAAGAAUACUAGAUGGAGCUAUCAUAACGGAGGAUCUUGGCCAGUGCUACUUUGGCUACUAACUGCUGCUUGCAUUAAAACUGGGCGGCCUCAAAUUGCAAGACGUGCUAUUGAUCUUGCCGAGACACGUAUGCUGAAAGAUAGCUGGCCAGAAUAUUACGAUGGGAAAACUGGAAGGUUUAUAGGUAAACAAGCAAGAAAAUACCAAACAUGGUCAAUAGCUGGAUAUUUGGUGGCAAAGAUGAUGUUGGAGGAUCCUUCUCACUUGGGAAUGAUUUCCUUGGAAGAGGACAAACAGAUGAAGCCGGUGAUUAAGAGAUCAUCAUCUUGGACUUGCUGAAUAACCCAAGCAAAGCAAGCACACCCGAAAUAGCAGAAAGAAUAGGGCAACAACACACACAGGCAAGAGCAAAUAUUGGUAUAUUCCAUUACAACAGGAUUCUUUUGGCAUCUUUCCUGGUACGUUUUGCUGUUUGUUGGAGCUCUGGAACAGGCCAUCUAAAGUUUAUGGCGGAAAUGGCUGAGCAAAGGUUUUGUUUUAUGUGGUAUGAAACUUCAUUGAUUUUAUAUGAUUGGCGGACUGCUUACGUUCACUGUUUUGGACAUGUUUGCUUGCUAAAUUAGGUUGUGCAUGGAGUGAGUGGUUUUUCUCAGGAAUCCAUUUUCUUGGCGGGAAAA